AUGACUGCAUUGUCUUGGGAGAGGUUCAAGGAAGAGUUUGACAACAGAUUCUUCCCAGACUCUGUCAAACAAUUGAGAGCCCUGGAGUUUACGUCCUUAACACAAGGUAGUUUGACUGUAGAGCAGUAUGCCGCUAAAUUCAUGGCAUUGGGAAGAAUAGAGAAUUACCAAGAGUUAGUAAAUGUAGCGACAAUAGCAGAGGCUGAGCAGAAGGAAUUGGCGAUCCAGAACAUGACCGAUCGAAAGAGGGCCAUGCCAUUUACUACAAGCAGUAGUGCUGAGAAAAAGAGGCCUUUUUCUAGUCCGGAGAAAGGCAAGGAAAUAAUGAUUGGAGGACAGAAGCCGUCCUUUUAUUCACCAUGCCCUAAGUGUGGUAAGUUUCAUUCUGGAGAAUGUUACAAGGGAUAUGGAGUCUGUUACCGAUGUGGAAAACCAGGACAUAUGAUUAGAGAUUGUCCUAACGCCAAACAAGGUAGUGGAGCUGGUGAUCGCAAGCCAAGGCCCCACAUCCUGGCACGAGUGUAUGCAGUUGUAGUAUUAAUUCCCGAUGGGAAUACAAUAUCUUGUACCCGUUUAGUUAAGGAUUGUCCGUUAGAGCUAGAAGGAAGGACAUUGAAGGCUAACUUGUUAGUAUUCGGUCAGAUGGAAUUCGACCUGAUUUUGGGGAUGGACUGGCUUUUCAAGCACUACGCUAAGAUAGACUGUCGGAAACGAGAGCUUGUGUUUGAACCUCCAACUGAAGACAGGAUGAGUUACGCAGGAACAUCAGUUAAGGCCACCCCACCUUUGAUCUCGGCGUUGCAAGCUAGGAAGUGUAUCGAUGAUGGAGCCUCAACGUUUCUAUUGAUAACUGUAGAGGAGACAACCAAAACUAUAGGAAUCCAAGGGAUACCUGUGGUUGAAGACUUUCCUGAACUUUUCGUUGAUGAGUUACCUGGUUUACCACCAGAUAGAGAAGUAAAAUUCCAAAUAGAGUUGGAGCCGGCAACAACUCCGACUCACAAGGUGCCAUAUCGUAUGGCCCCUACCGAAUUGAAGGAGCUCAAGCUACAAUUGGAAAAACUUUUGGAGAAGGGUUUUAUCCGCCCUAGUUCUUCGCCGUGGGGAGCACCUGCGUUAUUUACCGGCCUAAACAGUCCCGGGGAACAAUCUGGAGUGCGACUCUGA